AUGACCACUACACAACCGGCCGCCCUUUUAAGUGUGCCCUCUGCCGAGGAUAUGUUUGCGAACAUGCCCCUUGUUUCGCCUACAAUCACUCCUACAGAAUCAGAGGCAGAAGAAGAGCUAAGACAGUUUGAGGAGGAAGGUUAUCACAAUGCAACAGCUCACCAUCACCGAACUGCACAAGAGAUGCUCAGUCACAAUGUAGAUACAUUGAUUUCUGAUGACGAGAUUGAAGCCAAGAGAAACCAGCUACCCGAUUUGCUUCCUGAAGUUGAAUGUAUAGCGCGUGCUAGGAUUCCAACUACUCAAGGGCCAGAGAUUUUUUUGCACAUGUACUCGAAUAACGUGGACAAAAAGGAACAUUUGGCGAUAAUUUUUGGAGAGGACAUCAGGUCAAGAUCAUUGUUCAAAAGAAAGUUGGGCGAAACUCAGUCAGAUAGAAUGACUCGGGGUGCCUACGUGGGUAGAUUGUAUCCAGGACGAACCAAUGCCGAUAAGGAUGAGAAAUUGGGACUUGAGAUUCAUUUUGAUAGGGAAGGAAAUAUUAUUGACGAUGAAGCCCAGAUUCAUAGAGGGCCUACAUUGGUGAGAAUACAUUCUGAAUGCUACACUGGAGAGACGGCGUGGAGUGCCAGAUGUGACUGUGGAGAACAGUUUGAUGAGGCCGGUAGGCUAAUGGGACAGAAUGGUCAUGGCUGCAUAGUUUACUUGCGUCAAGAAGGACGUGGUAUAGGAUUAGGAGAGAAGUUAAAGGCUUACAAUUUGCAGGAUUUAGGUUCGGAUACUGUUCAGGCCAAUUUGAUUCUAAGACAUCCCGCAGAUAAGAGAAGUUAUUCACUUGCCACAGCUAUUCUUAUAGAUCUUGGAUUAUUUGAUAUCAGAUUACUUACAAACAAUCCUGAUAAAAUUAUUGCUGUGGAGGGGAAGAAGAGACUGGUUAAGGUUGUGGAGAGAGUGCCUAUGAUUCCAUUAGCAUGGCAGAAGAGGAAAGGUAUUGAAUCCAAGGAAAUUGAAGGAUACUUGAGAACCAAGAUAGAAAGAAUGGGACACCUGUUGAGUAAGCCCACUCAGUAA